AUGAACUUUGAUAACUUGAAGAACUACGCCGGUAAGGCUUACGACCAAUACCAAAAGUACAACGACAGCCAAAAACAGGGCGGCUCUGGCUCUGGCUCUGGCAAUGAUGACUCUUUUGGCAGCGGAAACAACAACAACAACUCUUCCUCCUUUGGUGGUAAUGACAACUCUUACGGUGGUGACGACUCUUAUGGAAGUGGAAACAACAAUUCCUCUUUCGGUGGUAAUGACUCUUAUGGCAGCGGAAACGACAACUCCAACUCCUAUGGAAGCAGCAACAAGAAAUCUUCCUAUGGUGAUGACGACAACUCCUACGGUGGUGGAAACAACUCUUCCUCUUUCGGUGGUAAUGACAACUCCUACGGUGGUGACUCCUACGGAAGUAGCAACAAGAAGUCUUCCUAUGGCGGUGACGACUCUUAUGGAAGCGGAAACGACAACUCCAACUCCUACGGAAGCAGCAACAAGAAGUCUUCCUAUGGCGGUGACGACUCUUAUGGAAGUGGAAACGACAACUCCAACUCCUACGGAAGCAGCAACAAGAAAUCUUCCUAUGGUGACGACGACAACUCCUACAGUGGUGGAAACAACUCUUCCUCUUUCGGUGGUAAUGACAACUCCUACGGUGGUGACUCUUAUGGAGGUGGAAACAAGAAAUCUUCCUACGGUGGUGAUGAUUCCUACGGUGGUAAUGACUCUUAUGGCAGCGGAAACGACAACUCCAACUCCUACGGAAGCAGCAACAAGAAGUCUUCCUAUGGCGGUGACGACUCUUAUGGAAGUGGAAACGACAACUCCAACUCCUACGGAAGCAGCAACAAGAAAUCUUCCUAUGGUGACGACGACAACUCCUACAGUGGUGGAAACAACUCUUCCUCUUUCGGUGGUAAUGACAACUCCUACGGUGGUGACUCUUAUGGAGGUGGAAACAAGAAAUCUUCCUACGGCGGUGACGAUUCCUACGGUGGUGGAAACAACUCUUCCUCCUUUGGUGGUGACUCCUUCGGAGGAAACAACAACAGCUCCUCCGGCGGUGGCAGCAGCGGCCACAAAAAGUCUCACGGCAAUGACAACUCCAACUCCUACGGUGGUGACUCCUACGGAAGCGGCAACGACAACUCUUAUGGCGGUAACGACAACUCUUAUGGUGGUAAUGACAACUCUUAUGGCGGUAAUGACAACUCUUCCUUCGGUGGUGGUAACAACUCCUUUGGAGGAGGCUCUUAUGGUAACUCAGAUAACUUUUAA